UUAGAAUUGUUUGGAGGGGAAUUACUGACUGAUUGACUUUUUUCAUUUUAAUUGAUAGCAAAUUUUAUCUGGCAUUAUCAUUUUGGGAUAGUUGGCACUUGUUAAGAAGGUUGCUGAGCCCCACUGUUCUCAACCCCACCCUAGUGGUGUAGGCUAAGCAAGUCACCAAUCUAGUCACUCAACUCUUCCUACAUGUAUGGUAGUUUAUAGGUGUAGUCUCACCUGUCCUGAGCUGAAGAAGCUUCAAACGCAUUUGAUAACACUUCUCCAAAACGUCCAGCUACAUUGUUAUUUUCAUGAUUUUAUAUUUACUGAAGAUGGACACAAAAUGAGUCUUGAAGGUACCUUAAAAACCAAACUGCUUCUGCAGGAGUGCCAUUUUACUUGGUCUCUAAGAGAAGAAGAAGACUUUGUACUCUAUGAUUUACUGAAUCGUCUUGAGGAACAGAUUCAGUUGGAAUCGGACGAGGAAAGAGUAACACGAGCUUACAGCAGCCUUGGAUUUGUUCAGUAUAUCUAUGGCCACCAGCAGGAAGCACUUGCAAAUCUGCAGAAAUCAGUGCAGCUUGCAAAAGAAUACUACAAAGACAGUGAUGAAGUUCUUAUUGUUACCUUUGGAGACCUUGCCUGGUUGCACUAUCAUAUGAAUGAGUUCUCUAAAUGUGAAGAUUACUUGAGAGAGUUGGAGAGGAUCCGCAGAAAAUUUUCUGAAGGUUUCACUUAUGAUGUUGAGGUGCUCAGAGAGAAGGGCUGGACUUUUCUUAAAUUCUCUUACAAAUACUACAAUGCUGCAAAGGAAUGCUUUAGACAGGCCCUUGAAAUGAAGCCAGAUGACAGUGAUUUAAAUUCAGGCUAUGCUAUUGUAAUGUUCCGCACAGCAAAUGAGAACUCUGAAUCUUUAGACUCACCAACAAUAAAACAGCUCAAAAGAGCUAUAGAGCUUGAUCCAGAUGAUGCUGUUCUGUUAAUGUUACUAGCCUUGACAAUGCUGCGUAACAGAGAUGAUGGGAAGAUACCUGAAACUGCAAAGAGAAUGGUGGCCGUGGCACUGAUGAAGUCCCCUGAAAAUCCACACGUCAUAAGAUACGCAGCAAAAUUUUGCCGCCAAUUAGGAAACAUGCACGGUGCCAUUUCUCUACUGGAAGAAGCUCUGCAGUCUACCCCAAACUCAGCCUUCAUACACCAUCAACUGGCUCUGUGUUAUAAAAGUACAAAAAUAUUCCUGGAAAAAAAAAAUAGGACACAAGAUAAAGCAGGGUUUGAUUUUGAAGAAUCUUAUGAAAAACAGCAAUACCUGGAUCAGUGCAUCGAGCACCUGGAAAAGGCAGUUUCCCUAAAACCUUCUUUCGUCGUUGCCACGGCAGAUUUGGCACUUCACUACGGACAACGUGGUAGUUUUGAGGAAGCUGAGAUAUUUUUUGAGAAAGCAUUUAAAAUGGCGAAUAAGGAAAAGCAUCACUUGCCAAAUGUUCAUUGUUUAUAUGGCAAUUAUCAGCUCUAUACCAGAAGGUCUGAAGAACUGGCCAUCCAUCAUUUCAUGCAAGGCCUAAGGCUGCAGCCGAAAUCAGAGCAAGGCAAGGUGUGUGAGGAGAAACUCAAAGCGAUGAUUGAACAUCGUCUCAAUAGGCUGAAAAACCCGGAUGGCAUUGUGUGUGGGAUACAGGGAUUCAUUCAUGAAGUGAAGGGUGAAAAACUCAAGGCUGAAGAGUUUUAUGAGAGAGCCCUAACAAAUGGACUCAGUUUCGGUGACAGUCCUCUUCUCACAGAGAUGAGAAUUUGGCUCAUGCGUUUCAGUGAAACAGAAAAAUCUGUUCUAAACUUAAUUUUUGAUAAAGGAAAUUAUGAUGAAGCCGUCAGUGGGAGGCUUAAGACUUUCAAAGGUGCAAUGAAUAAGAAGACUGUGCACUUGGUUGAUAUUGAUAUCUGCAAUGCCAAGAGGAUUCUUAGAUGGGAAAAACCAACUCUUGGGCCCCAUGCCAUUCUACUUGCAUUUUCUCUGCAUAAUGACAGAUUCACAGACCAGACCAAAGAGAUUGUUGAAAAUUUGAAGUUUCUUGGAGAGAAAUUCUGGACUCAUGUCAUUGUAGUAUUUACAGAGGGAGACAGUUGUAUAACUGCGUAUUCUGGAGCUCAGAGACGUGUAUUGGAGUGGCUUCUUGAAAAAUGUGGACACAAAUCCUACAUCUGUGGCUAUGCACCAGAAACUACAGAGAGGAUCGAGCUUUCAGAGAGGAUACAGAGGAUGAUAAAGAGAAAUAAUUCAAUGCAUCUAGUUUUACCAGACAUAUCAGAUGGAGAUUCUCAAUCCACUUUAGACAUUUUAAGGAAGCAAGACUUGAAAGAUUACUUGUUCACUCCUGAGGUCAUCGUUCAAGAGGGGAAAUACAGGUUACGUUGCAACCAUGCAGGCUGGUUCCAUUGUAAGUUUACACAGAUAGGUUUUAACAUGGAGGGGGAAGGAGAGGUGCUAUACAGGACUGUUCUUCAAGACAGUGAUUGUCCAGUCCCCGCCAACUAUUACCAAGCAGGACCCGUGUAUGAUAUCAAAUGUGUUCAGGGUGAGCUGUCUCAGCUCAGACUACCUCAUUGUGAGACCUCCAUUGAUGCCCACCACUUCAUAUCAGUUAUACAUUACUCUAAUCAGAUGGUUGAUAUUCUGAAACUUCAAAAUAUCACAAGCACGCAUGCUACAGUGAGCAUCCCAGGAACAUCAUACUUUUUUAUUUCCAAAAUUGCAAACUGGUUUACGGGUGAUUGGUCUAAGACACAUGGCCAGGUGAUGCUAUUCUAUCUACAGCAAGCACAUAGGCUGCAUGUGUUUCUAAAACCACGCAAUGUGGAUCCCAGAGAGGUGGAAAAAUGUAAUAAAGAUUACACAUUAAUCCAAACAGCUUGUGAAUGCAUGCUGAAAUAUGAAUGUGUGUACAGCAUGUCCUGUGAUCCUGUUGAGGAACAUGGACCUUCAGUGAGGCCAAAGAUACAACCGAUGGACACAAAACUUCAUUGCACUAAGCAGUGGAAACAUUACUAUCCGACAUUUGAUAUAAAGUUGCCAGAUGGUGUGAUGGAUGUGGGUUUACACCUCAAAAAGAAAAACCCAAGGAAAGGAAGGGUUGAUGUUGUAUGGAGCAGUGACAUAACACUAACAGACUAUACUGCGGAAAACAGGAGACCGAGUCUAUCCACCGAUGAGCAGUGUGCAUCCUUUCUCAAAAAGAACAAAGCUAAACUUAUCCAAAAGGUGAAAAAUAUUGAUGCCAUUUUAGAUCACUUUGAAGACAUUAUUGCAGAUGAACAGAUAGAAGAAAUCAGAAAAAUGUCAACACCUCAGAAUAAAAUGAGGACAAUCUUUAAGAUCAUUGAAGGACAAGGACUUUCAUCAAAACGGAUAUUUUUUGAUUUGCUUUACCAGGAAGAACGACAUCUUAUGGAUGAAUUGACAAAAGACAACAACUAAUAUGAGAUGGUCAACAGAGAAACUGAACAGGAAAAAUGUGUUAAAGCUCUUGCUAUAACAUUUGCCAAAGCAUGCGAUAUUGCCAUUGACCAGUGUAUGUGACAGUCUUUAAAAUUAAGGUUUUUACUGCUAUACUGCAUUACUCCUCUAUACUGUAUUACACCUCUAUGUUACUUGUAAAUAAUAUUUCUUAUUUAAGUGAAAUCCUUUUCAGUAUAAAGAGGUGCUGUGGAUUAUCUUUAAAUGAUAAUCAUUGUCAGUUCAUAAUGUAGGCUAUAUCAAGUCUAGAGUAAUGAUAUGUAAACUGGUGAUUUAAAAAAAAUAACAUUUAACAUUGAUUAAUAACAUUUAAAUAACAUUGAUUUCUCAGUCAUUGUGCAAUAAUAUUUACAAUUUGUUAUUUUGUGUAGAUUUAUAUAUCAUAAAUUACCUUUCCAUUGAUGUAUGGUUUAUUAGAAUCUGACGAUAUUUGGCUGAAAUACAACUAUUUGAAAAUCUGGAAUCUGAGGGUGCAAAAAAAUUAAAAUAUUGAGAAAAUC